AUGCAGUCCGUCGGCACUGAAGAGUCGGUCUUCGACCUCCCCAAGGAGAGAUCGUAUACGGGGGGCAAGACCCCGCUAGCUGAGAUGUCGCAAAACUUACCUGGACGACCCCCGCCAGAAUCGACUCUGUCGUACCAGUCUCUAUUCCAUCCCGGCGCGGAGUUUCCUCGCUUCGUCGUGACCUAUCGCUGGUGGGAAGAUGAGGCCACUACCGUGCUGUGGGCAUUCAAAAUAUCGGAGAUCCGCCAGGUUAUUCGCUAUGGACUAUUUCGCGACGAGAACUAUCCACGCAGUUCGUUGUUGAGUCGGAAUGCGGACGCCAUUGAUGCCUUCCUCGUUGCGCUCUCCGAGCCGCAUGAACACCAAGUUCUUGCGAAUCUAUCUCACAUGCAGAGGGUCGAGGAGAUUUUGCGGCGGUCAAGUAUCCCGCCUUUCCAGUCGAUCCCAUGGGGCUGGUUCCCUCUGCCUCCAGGGCAUUCCCUGGACGCUCGACGUAUCGCAGCAGCAAUCGAGGCAGAGAGUCAGUUCCAAUUCAGCAGGAUUGCCUUUGAGGAAAUUGUGCGUGCUUCUCUUGGAUAUAACGCUGUCUCAGUCGAGUGGUUCCUGCUGCAACAUACCGAUCUCUACAUACAUCUUUUGGGUCACCUGCAGGCCUAUCCUGAAGAGAUUCCUCUUUAUAUAGACGUGGAAAAGCAUUUGCGGAGUCGAAGCCCAUUCGCUCAUCGAGCCCUGGUACAUUGCAUGCUCAUCGUUCGACCAGAGGCUGCCCACGACAUGCCACAAUCUACUAGUCCCGGAUUCGAGUUCAUUGCCGGCCCGAUUCAACGCUUAUUCAAAGAUCAGCCGCCAAGUUUGACGACCAUCCUGAGGAUCUUUAGUGUUCUGGCAAUCCGGUUCCGAAAACAAUACAUCCAAACUUCCAAAAUCAACUGGCAGGCGCCAUUCGACACCGAAAUUUUAUUCUUGGAGGAUUGUCUCAACGCGACAUCCCCUAUGGAUCUGGCCCGUACUCUGACAGGCACGGACGAGAUGGACUUUUCCAGCCUGUCGAUGCAAAGCAUCAUGGCAGAUGACGUCGUGGUCAAGAGACUACUUGGCAACUGGCACUCUCUCAGUGUUGCCGUUUGGGAAUGCUGCUCAUCGAUCCCCGAUAUUAUGAUCCCGUAUCUACGCGAAUGCGCACAGGCAAUCUACAUUUUGAGCACAUCAAUCUCUAAUCGGUGGAGCCUGCAGAUUCUCUUCAUCAAAUGUAAUUACCACUCUCUGACAGCUAUAUUACAUGGAAUGCACCGAUAUAGAAUUUCCACCGCCCAAUCUCGCGGGCUCAGCAGUAACGUCGGAGGAAUGGUCGUUCUCGACCCUAUCCUUCCACCCGAAGCCAACUUUCUCACCAACUCUACCCAGAACUAUGCUGCCUAUCGCCAACACUACCGCAAGUACCCGGGAAUUCCGUUUCUGCUUCCACACCUUCGAGACCAUCAGCAGCAUGGCGAAACCGCCCUCCAGCCGCUGAUCCAAUACCUGCAGAACUCACACAUGGCCAAAGCGUGA